AUGAAGUCAGUGCUGUUCAGCCGCUUUUUCAUCCUCCUGCCCUGGAUCCUCAUCGUCAUCAUCAUGCUCGACGUGGACACGCGCAGGCCUGCGCCCCCGCUCACCCCGCGCCCAUACUUCUCUCCUUACGCUGUGGGCCGCGGGGCCGCCCGAGUCCCGCUCCUCCGCAGAGCCCGCCCGGGGCGCGACGCCGACCGGCGCAACGAGUCUCGGCCGCGGGCGGAUCCGGAGCCGCCGCUGCCCACCAUCUAUGCCAUCACGCCUACCUAUAGCCGCCCGGUGCAGAAAGCAGAGCUCACCCGCCUGGCCAACACCUUCCGCCAGGUGGCGCAGCUGCAUUGGAUCCUGGUGGAGGACGCAGCGGCGCGCAGCGAGCUGGUGAGCCGAUUCCUCGCGCGGGCCGGGCUGCCCAGCACGCACCUGCACGUGCCCACACCGCGGCGCUACAAGCGGCCCGGGCUGCCGCGCGCCACCGAGCAGCGCAACGCGGGCCUCGCCUGGCUGCGCCAGACGCACCGGCAGCAGCGCGCCCGGCCGGGCGUGCUCUUCUUCGCCGACGACGACAACACCUACAGUCUGGAGCUCUUCCAGGAGAUGCGAACCACCCAAAAGGUGUCGGUGUGGCCAGUGGGCCUGGUUGGCGGGCGGCGCUACGAACGGCCCUUGGUGGAAAAUGGCAAAGUGGUUGGCUGGUAUACUGGCUGGAGAGCGGACAGGCCUUUUGCCAUCGACAUGGCAGGAUUUGCUGUAAGUCUUCAAGUCAUCUUAUCCAACCCAAAAGCUGUAUUUAAGCGUCGUGGAUCCCAGCCAGGGAUGCAAGAAUCUGACUUCCUAAAACAGAUCACGACUGUUGAAGAACUGGAACCGAAAGCAAACAACUGCACCAAGGUUCUCGUGUGGCAUACUCGAACAGAGAAGGUUAAUCUAGCCAAUGAGCCGAAGUACCUGGUGGACACAGUGAAAAUUGAGGUAUAAAUGGAAACACCAGCCAGUGCAGUUCACCCAGCCAGAGGGUGUGAAAGAGGGAAUUGGGAGUUGAGGCUGCAGAUCAUUCAGGUAUUGUUUCUUUUACUUGGUUCAGUACAACUUUUACUGUCACCUGAUGGCCUCCUAUUUUAAAGAAGCAAACUGGAUGCUUCAAAAUGUAUGUUUUAUCUUCAUUUGUUCUGCAUGUUUUGUCUAGACCUUAAUGAAGAUUUCUGUACAGUAAGCUAAGGGACAGUGCAAGAUACCUCUUAGUACCUUACACACUUUUUUGUCUUUUCCAUUUGGCUUUGUAAUCAGUAGAAC